CCGAUCGAGUUUUUGACAGAAGGKAGAAUUUUUAACACAGCAGAACACAAAACCACCGGGAUGAGCCAAAAUACAAACGGGGCGAAAGCUACCCCAAAACGUGUCGCCGUGAUCGGCGGAGGAGUCACCGGACUGUCGGCGGCCUGGCACCUGCACUCGUCGUCGUCUGUUUCGGAAGUCGUCGUCUUCGAGGCCGAGGAUCGAUUGGGUGGGCACGCCUACACCGUCCCCGUUCCGCUGGACGGCGACGGAAGCGUCGAUGUCGACAUCGGGUUUAUGGUCUACAAUGCUGCCAACUAUCCAAACAUGACAAAAUGGUUUGAAGCCCUCGGCGGAGUCGAGGAGGAAGACACAGACAUGUCCCUGAGCGUCAGCCUCGACAAGGGCGACUCCCUCGAGUGGACCAGCAACGGUGGGCUCAACGGACUGUUUGCCAAGCGGGGGCAGCUGGUGGACUCGAAUUUCUACGCAAUGGUUCGAGACAUGACCCGYUUCCACGACGAGGCUYCAAAGCUGUUGCUCAUGUCCGAAGAUGACCCCAGAAAGCACGUGACGGUCAGGCACUACCUGAGGCAGAACGGUUACACCCCUUCCUUUGGAGUAUACUACCUCCUGCCUAUGAUGGCCGCCCUCUGGUCGGCGAGCAUGGAAGAWGUCCUCGAGUUUCCAGCGAGACAGCUGAUUGGGUUCCUGUGCAACCACAGAAUGCUKCAGUUAUUCGGAAGGCCACAGGUGAGUUUAGUGUCAAAAAUGKUUUUGUAUCGUUUCGCUGUUUUUGUUAGCAGUCAGAAACUCCUGGUACUACCGAAAAAUAUCAUUGGUGUUCCAUUUGUCUUUGGUUUCAAUCACGUGAUGAUAAGAUGGGKUUCGAGCGUUUUCCUAAUCAUUGCGAUUCCUCAUCUCAUGUCAUUUUACUAUAACUGCCUUUGAUUUUGUUGUACAACAGUGGAAAACAGUCAAGGGACGGUCGCAAACAUACACAAAGCGGGUCGGGGAAAUCCUUGGCGAGAAACAAGUCCGGCUCUCGACASCCAUUGAUUCCAUGGAGAAAAGCGGUAACACGUACGAGCUCUUCACAAGAAACCAAGGAAGCAACGUCAGUGUUGGGGUUUUCGACGAAGUUGUCUUUGCCUGCCACACCAACGUUGCGGCAUCUAUUCUCCGCGCGAGUGCUUCUAACAUCCAAACACACGACAACGAUUCGUUGCUAGAGCAACUGGAGUUGGUGAACAUACUCAGUGAAAUCAAAUUCGAAGACAAUGUCAUUUAUGUGCACAGCGACCCCAAGCUGAUGCCGAAGCGUCGCCGGGCAUGGGCCUCCUGGAAUUGCAUGGGAGAUUCCGAACAGAUCGAAACCGCCUUUGGAAUCAAGAAGGGCAAGCAAGYAACCGAAGAAAAUAACAAACACUCCGGUGCUUUUGAGGGAGCCGAAUCGGGAUUUGGUAACACAAWAUCAGACAGGGACGAAAAUCGUGACUCGACCGGGGCGGAAGCCAACGCAUCAUCAAAAGAUACCCUUGACGGACCUGACGGGCGCAUGAAAGCCGUUUAUGUUACUUACUGGUUGAACAAGUUGCAAAACUUAGAUGCUGGUGGCAAGGACAUUUUUGUUUCACUGAAUCCUCACGAGGCACCUGCCGAAGAGAUGAUCUACAAGAAGACAAUUCUUGCSCAUCCUCAGUUCACGGCGGCUAGCACAGUCGCUCGCAAGAAGCUCUCUGAUUCCUUUCAGGGCCGAAAUGGAUUGUGGUUUUGCGGGGCCUGGCAGGGAUACGGAUUCCAUGAAGACGGAUGCCGCUCGGGAUUCGAGGUCGCUACAAAACUUUCUGGCGUUCCCCUCCCAUGGGCGAACGAAUCAAACGGAUCCGAYGACGGCGRAGAAUCGACCGCACUCAUGGUCCUGCCACCUCCAGAUCUAGCAGCUUCUUCACUUCAGAAAAAAUCCUUGUUGRGAUGGCUGUAUGAUAAAUUUUGGUACGACUUGCCUCUGGCGCUCUGCAAGCGCUUCAUGCUCUACUUUUUGAAGGCCGCUGUCCAGCACGGCAAGCUGAAGAUCAAGUUCAACGAUGGGACCGUUUUCGAAUUCGGUGACGGGGCUCCCUGYGGKUUAGGGGAUGCUAGUCCUGUGACAAUGCGCAUCUUUGAUGAAUGGCUCUUCGUCAAGAUUGCCUGGGAGUACGAUCURGGAUUGGCGCGGUCGUACAUGGCAGGUCAUUUCGUCAUCGAACCACUUGAGGAUGUUAAUGAAUACAACCCCGUCCUCAGACCUGCAUCUGAACGGGAUGAGACCACACGGGAAUGUGGGGAUCCCGUUGGCCUAACUCGGUUGCUCCUCUUGCUUAUGGGUAAUCGGGACCGAGCUCUUGCCGAUGAGCACACACCCAAUACGUCCUACAAGGGAUAUACCGGCGCCAACCCCGUAAACGCCGGACCCUACAUCAUUUCGAAGAUUGGAUCCUUUUUGAACUUCUUGCGGUACCGKCUAACUAUGGACAAUUCAGAGCGCGGGGGUAGUCUCAAGAAYAUCCACGCCCACUAUGAUUUGUCSAACGACCUGUUCACAAGUUUUCUCGACAAGGAAACACUCAUGUAUUCGUCUGCCAUCUACGAUGCUGUGAAGGCCCCCUCGCCCCAAAAGGGCUUGAUUUUCCGGGGAACGCUCGAGGAAGCCCAGUGGAGAAAACUGGACACAUUGCUUGAUCGCGCCCAGGUCCAACCAGGACAGGAAGUCCUAGAUAUUGGAUUCGGGUGGGGGGGUCUGUCCCUCCACGCUGCCAAGAAAUACGGCUGCAAGGUCACUGGCAUCACGCUCUCGGUCGAGCAGCGUGCUCUUGCCAUGGAGCGCGUCGCCAAGGAAGGCCUUGAAGACCUCAUUACGUUCGAGGUCAUUGACUACCGCACAUUUGCCCGAAAGAAGGAGAACCUCGGCCGCUUUGAUCGUGUGCUGAGCUGCGAAAUGAUCGAAGCUGUGGGUCACGAUCACCUAGGGGAAUUCUACUGGGCCGUCGAGCAGGUGUUGGCACCAGAUGGCGUCCUGGUCAUGGAAGCCAUUACAACCACCGAGGAACGCUACGAGAAUUACCUAAGAUCAACGGAUUUCAUCAACACCAUUAUCUUCCCGGGAUCUUGCUGCCCCUGUCUGCACGCCCUUGUCGAUGCCGCCUACAAGGGAUCGAGGCUGACGCUGGAACAUAUCGACAACAUUGGAUUGCACUAYGCCCAGACCCUCGCCGACUGGAGGCGGCGGUUCAAUGCGAACGAAGAGCUCGUCCGAUCACUCGGCUUCGACGACGUCUUCAUCCGGGCCUGGAACUAUUACUUGUCCUACUGCGAGGCCGGCUUUUAUGCCCGUAAUGUCAACUGUUUGAUUCUGGUCUUCUCUCGCAACGGGUGCAGUGCUCUCACACCACUCUACGAAACAAGGGCCUGCACUCAGCUCCCCGCGUUGACUGACUCAGAGGUUGCGAACUGGAUGAGUGAUGCUAGCAACUAAGUUAGCAACGAAWCGAAUUACAAYGCAGGUAGUGCCUAUCACUUGCUUGGCUUCCAAAAACAGGCGUAACUUGGUUUACCAAACAAUAUGAAAUUCCGAGGAAUCCGGGCAAAUUACAUGCGUUAUGAAUUAUGCAUCUAAAAAAAGACUAUGAAUUAC